AUGCUGCCUCUGAAGUCACCUUCGUUGGCCAACAGCGCUCGAUUUAGCAUCAGUCAAGGCUCGAACCGGUUUCGGGAGUCGACCCGCCUUAUCCCUUCUCGAAUAUCGGAGGAUAAGCGCUAUAAACCACUUGCGCUUUCUCUGCCUGUCGUGGUAGCAACGCCACUUUCCAUGCUGGCUUUGGGUGUGGCGCUUGAAAUAGGCGUCAACAUUUCCAACAAGAAUCAGGGUGCGGAGGAUGCGUGUGUCCCUGACUCCAAUCCGCUCACAUUUUUGUCCACGCAGUUUUUACUUGUGGGUGAUGAUGCCAGAGCUUCUGUGAUUUUGACUCUGUACAGAUUCAUCAUUCCAAUGGCAUUUCUUUGGCGUGAACUAGAUUGGUAUCUUAGGUGGUAUCAGCCAUAUGUCGUCCUCUCACGAGGAAAUGCUUCCGUCGAGGAAGGCAUAUUAUCUCUCUUGGGUAUGUCAUCCAAUGCGGGCGAUGUUCGAAAAGAAUUCCGAAUUCUGUCCUUCAGUCCAUUUUUUGCUUUGUUCUACUCGUCCAAGUUCAAGCACAGAGUUGUGUUUUGGUCAGCUUUCACAGCAUGUGCAACCUAUCUUCUACAGCCCCUUGCAAGCUCCAUAUUCCAGAUUCAGCAGCGCUCAAUGCCUUCAGACACGACGGUAACGAGUACGCGGACCAUUGGACUGGCACCAGAUGUCGAUCAGUUAAACGCAUUUGUUGCCGCCGCUGGGUUCGCCGAAGCAGCUGCUUUUAAUAAUCUUACAGAUCCUCCUUUCAUCCAGGGCGGGUGGGCUACCGCUGAGUUCACCAUUCCUAGUAACAACGGCCUCAAUGCCACAAUUAAAGUGGAUACUACGGGGAUCCAAACGCAGCCCAAUUGUGAAAAUGCACGAAACACAACUUUCGAUGAAACAACCUCGACCAUUGAAUCUGUGUCCAUAUCUGAUUGCGCUCAAUCGGUGCCAGUCAAUACGUCGAUGGGUAUACAGUAUGGUGUAGUGAAUCUGGGAUGUGGUAGUGAAGCGGAUCUUGGUGUUGAAUUCCAGCCGGUCAUGUUUUGGUACUUCCAUCAACGAUCCGACAAUGAAGAAUUCGAAGCGAGGACUGUAUUUUGUGCUCCUUCCAUUCAGACAUUUAAUGUGAUAGCCCAAGCAUAUCUACAAGAUCGUACGAUUGCUGAGUGUGAGCUCACCAAUAACUAUACGCAGUCCAAUAACGUUACCGGUGCCCCACUCUUUGGACAUCCGUUUAAUGCCGUCGUCUUUAAUAGCAGCACGAAUCCAUUCAUACAGGCCAGAGCAAAUGCUACAAACACCGCCAUCCCGGGAACCGUUUUUAGAUUUGCUUCUCAGCUCCAAAAUGGACCCCAGUCAACAUUUGAUCUUCCGAAUGGGUUCUUAGAUAUAACAACCCAAGUCUAUACACAACAUCUAGCUUUGACGGCAAAAAACAUCUAUUUCGUUGCUGAGAACAGGACGAUACCAGCUCAGCUUGAAUCUUACGUUCCGCGGCUGGUCAUCAAUUCACUUCCUGGCCAUGCGCUUGCUUUGCUGCUUUUCGUUAUCGGGUUCAUCGGAACAUUCCUUCACAUCAUCAAUCGACGACAACGUCGCCACCUGUUCAUCGCUUCGCCUCCAGGGUCAAUCGGAGGGAUCGUGUCGAUGACAAGUCAUUCAGGCUUCGGCCAAUUAUUGGUACCGUAUGACAGUGAGGAGAGCAUUGAGCGCAAGCUGAAAGGACUGCGGUUCCGGCUGGACAAGCGGACAGGUGCUAUUGUAGCGGAGGAUGAUGACGUAGGGGAAUAUGAGGCUGAUGGAGACGGCGUUGCGCUGUUGGGAGUGUCAAACGGCCAUGCACGGGAUUCCUCUCCAGGCGCGUUUGCCGCGCCCACGAGAGCUUCACAGCACCACUAUCAUCAAUGA